AUGAUCGACUCGUACUUUGAUGUGUUGAUUAUUGGAGGCGGAAUCAGCGGUAUCAACGCCGCCUACCGCAUACAAGAGUCGUUGCCAGACGUCAAGUUUACUAUCCUCGAGGCACGCCAUGAACUCGGUGGAACAUGGUCGCAGUUCAGGUAUCCCGGUGUGCGCUCCGACUCGGACCUGCACACGCUAGGCUUCCAAUUCAAUCCCUGGCGCAAAGAGGAGCCCAUUGCAAGAGGAGAGACCAUCAUGGGCUAUCUGAAGGAGACGGUGCAAAAGUUCGACAUUGAUAAGAAGAUCCGGUAUAAGCACAAAGUCUUGGCGGCCGACUGGAGGACUGACGAGCAGCGCUGGAGAGUCGAGGUGGAAGUUGGCAAUGACGUCGGACGAGAGCCCCGGAGAGUCACUUACUGGACCUCAUGGUUAAUCAUGGGUACUGGAUACUAUAACUACGACGAACCUCUAAAGGCAGACAUACCAGGCAUCGACAAUUUCCAGGGACAGAGAAUACACCCACAGUUCUGGCCAGAGAAUCUCAACUACAAGGACAAGAAGGUUGUUAUUAUUGGAUCCGGUGCAACAACUAUUACCCUUUUGCCUGCAUUAGUUGACGGUGGGGCUGCAAGCGUUACACAGCUGCAACGAAGCCCUAGCUACAUUAUGAGCAUAGGUCAAAAGAGGAAAUCGUGGAUUGAGAAGUAUGCUCCCGAGUGGUUUACUCUCCGCUACAAGCGCUUCAUGUUCACGCUCGUCCCCAUCCUCCUCUACAAAUUCUGCAUGUGGUUCCCAUCCACCGCUGGAAAUUUCAUCAUCAAACAAGCAGCCCGCCAGCUCCCACCCGACUUCCCCAUCGACCCACACUUCAAGCCUAGCUACGGGCCCUGGCAACAGCGCAUGUGUCUCUGCCCUGACGGCGACUAUUUCAAAGCCUUCCGCUCCGGCAAAGCCCACAUCGUAACCGACACCAUCAAGACCGUCACCGCCACCGGCAUCGAGCUCAACAACGGCGCAAGCCUCGACGCAGACAUCAUCAUCACCGCCACAGGUCUCAACCUCAACUUCCUCGGCGGCAUGCAAACAACCGUCGACGGCGAACACGUCGAUCUCGGCGCCCAAUACAUGUGGCGCGCAAGCCUAUUCACCUCCCUCCCCAACUUCGGCAACAUCAUCGGCUACUGGAACGCCUCCUGGACCCUCGGCUCAGACGCCGCAUCGCGCCUCUACGUUCGCCUCAUUAGGCACCAGCGCGAUAACGGAUACACCAGCGUUGUGCCCGUCAUCACCGACGCAGAGAAGGAGAAGUCCAUGUCCGCCUCGCCGCUUAACAGCACGUAUAUCCAGGCCAACGCGAGAAAGAUGCCCCAGUGUGCGAAUACGGGGCCCUGGAAACCAAGGGAUAACUACUAUGUGGAUAACUGGGAUGCGAGAAUGGGCAGUUUGACUGACGGUCUGAAAUGGAACAAGGUUGCUGUGCAGUAG